GUUCAACCAUUAUAAAUCCCACCCGAUAUCUCCACCACUCCCUUCCAACCUGAAUCCAAUUCUUACACUCACUGGACGUGAUCGGAAACCCUAACAAGAUUGCAAAACCAAAAAUGCACAAUACCACUUUGGACGCCAUCCGGCAUCACCUCCUCGACGAUCCUGAAGUCCCAUCCUCCGCCGCUACUUCACCUUCACCUCCGACCUACCUUCGCACCUCAAGCUUCGGCCGCUUCGUCGCCGAUCACUGGAUCGACCUCCCCUUCCGCCCAGACGACUCCGACGACAUGGUCGUCUACCUCGCCCUCCACGACGCUUUCAGCAACGGUUGGAUUCCCGCACUCCCCUGCUCCGGUGGCGCCGUUCAGUCACCGCUGGAGAAGCCGAAUUCACCAGAUCCGGAGACCCCGCCGGAGAAGGAGAAGCACUACCGCGGCGUGAGGCGGCGGCCGUGGGGCAAGUUCGCGGCGGAGAUUAGGGAUCCGGCCAAGAACGGUGCUAGGGUUUGGUUGGGAACAUUUGAGACGGCGGAAGAAGCUGCGCUCGCAUACGAUCGCGCCGCUUAUCGGAUGCGUGGAUCCCGUGCGCUUCUCAAUUUUCCACUUCGGAUCGGAAGCGAAAACGGGGCCGGCGAAUCGCCGGCGAAGCGUGCGAUUUCUGUAUCAUCGCCUUCCUCUUCCUCGUCUUCUUCGUCUAAUUCGUUUUCGUCUUCUUCAUUGUCGUCUCAAUCGACGACUUCGGUGAAGCGGAGGAGGAGAGGACAGGCGGCAGCGUUGAGUGUGGGCCCGGAUUCGCCGGCGGCGGUUUAUUCUCCGGCACCGGUACCGGUUCAAUUUCCGGCUCAGUGGCAUCCCGACGAGAUGAGUGGUUGAGCCACUGGCAGAUGUCGGUCAGAAGUUUCGUGUUUGUCAUCUCAGUGCGUAUAAAGCUGAAGCGAUGCCUUUUGUGCCUCUAGAUAUUGGGCGAACAAUGAAAAGUUUAGGAGGGGCAAAUUGCAAAAAAA